AUGCAGGAUUUGCCAAGGAGGUCCCUCCGCAAAGCGCGAUCAGGUCUUCUGGCACUUCGGUCUGGAAUGCAAAGACGACCAAUUCCAGGCGGCCCCUCUCGGAGAAGUGAUAUACCUAGCAUCUGGUCCUCGAGAGACUCGACAGAGGACUCAUCUGAUCCUUUCCCGUCGUCAUUGUCGGACGCUAGCACAGAAGACGAUCGUGAGUUCGGCACCGGUCUCUAUCGAACAACUCGCAACCAUUCCUCCUCAAGUGAAAUUCUGAAAGACCACAUCCAUAACGCUGUACCUUCCACAUCACCUCUGAGUUGUACCCUCAGUGGUGGCUUAGAGGGCACCGGGCUGGGGAGCUCCCCAACCGCACAGGAAACGAGAAGAGUGAAUGGUACAUCAGAAGCAGGGGCGGAUGAUGCGUUGAAGCCAGCAACGACGGUGGAGUUCCCUCGAGAGCACGUCACCGAGACCGAGCUCCACGAUCAGACUCCGGACGAAUCCUGUACAUUGGUUCAAACCUCGACUCAUGCCCUUUCCAAUUCGCCAUCUGUCAGCCUCAUUGAGCUUAGCGGAAUAGAAGCGACGACGGAACACAUGGCGUCAUCAGAAACAUCCAAGGCAGCAUCCCCAGAGAGCCCCGUGGAUUUGCAGCCGAAUGAGGACUGUAUGAAAGAUUUAUGCUCACAGGCCCAAAAUCCAAGCCCUAUUCUAUCCCAUUCGCCGGUUAUCAACCCCGGGAAGCCAACUGCGGUUGAGGGUCCUGAUGAGUUGCUCGAUCCAAAUGUGCGAGAGCUAAAUGAAUCAUCUCGAGACCACGAGAUUGCCCUACCACAAAUCGCUUCUGGUUCAAAUGACUCAAUCGCUUGUAUAUAUGUCUCGAGCCGUUCCACGUCUAAGUCAUCCUCUGUCAGCUCUCGUGAAUCAACCGCUCCCCAGAUAACAAGCGUUCAAUUGAUGAUGGAACCGCUUGAAUUGUUUCCUCCGUCAAGAGAAUGCAGCAGCGGCAGUCAAACCUUAUGUUGCAGCGAUGUUGCUGAAAAUGAUCUCAUGUCACAGGCGAUUCACCAUGCUCCCAUCGACCAUGUCGAGGAUGGAAAUGUACCAAUCGAGACGGAGCCUCUACAAACUAGACCCUCGAAUGCAAGAGAGAUGCAGGUAACUCAUGCUGGUGCAUCCAUUAUGGAACCAUCAGAAGCGAGAUCGAGCGCGCAGGAAGAGGAUACUGCUAGCUGCCUGCUGCCCGCUUUGAGCGACACUGAUUUCCCUGGAAUCCAAAACAGUUCGGACCCGUUCACGGCUCAAAGAGCACCCUCUCCAAGCCAGACUGAAGAUGGCACGUCAGAAUCAGAUUUCGUCCGGUCACCGAUUGAGAACGAUGAUCCAAACACCUCGCUGAUUUUAAGAGACGAGUUCUUCUUUGUCGAUGGCAAAUCGAGUGAUAUUCAUCCCGAUCGAGGAGACAAUCCUAUAAAAACAGGAGGACGAAUUGCGAGAGAUGGUAGAAUUUACAGUGGUCCGGGACUCGAUCGUGACAUGUCAGCCAGAACGCAGGAGAUCCCCGAGAUUGUCGGACCAGGAAGAUCAUACUAUGGUAUGUACGCUUCGCGUCGGGGUAACCUGCCGAGUCUCGAACGAGACACAAGCGAUUCCACUGAUGAGUGUAUUGUUACUUACCCCAUCUGGGAACGACGUCAAUUCCCAUAA